AUGUCUUCUAUUGCUCGCUUGUCAUGCCGUUUGUCACUUUCUGCCAUUUACAUCCUUCCUUUACCUAUUGACUGUGAACAUCGUGUUCCUCGAAUCUAUCGCGGCCAGCCAUGCGAAGCACUGGUCAGAUCGAGCCGGUCAUUGUCGCCUACGGUACACGAUGCCGGUCUACAGGCGGCGCUGACGAACUCUUAUGGACAAAUGAGUCAGGCCGUGGAGGCCUUGCGUGCAUGCCUGGCUCGUGCGGAGCCUGCCGUCCGCCAGCUCCAAGUGGCCGGCGCAUUGGCCCGAUUAGUGCGCCUCCGCGACGAGGCCGACCGGUUAGAGACAGCCGUCUGCGGCGCAUCGAUGGGCUCCGGUACCAUACCUUUGCUUGCUGCUCUGCCUGACGACAAGGCGAGUGGGAAGUUGGCAUUAUCAGCACUUAUGCGGCGAGAUUUUUAUCAUAGCAUCUUCAUUUUUACGCUUAUACCCUUUGCAAUGAUCCGUGGCUCGACCCGAUUUUCUCUCCUAUCCUAUUUUGCUGUUCGACGCAAAAUACUAUAA